CCGGGCUCGGGCGGCGGCUAGCGUGGCUGGGGCGACUCUAUGCGAGCCGGGGAGGGUAGAACCCGGACUAGGGUCCCAGCCGAGCGUGGACUGGCGGCAGGAUGUUCAGCUGGCUGGGGCGGCAGGCUGGCGGCCGCGAGCGCGCCGGUGGCGCGGACGCGGUGCAGACGGUGACGGGCGGGCUGCGCUCGCUCUACCUGCGCAAGGUGCUGCCGCUGGAGGAGGCGUACCGCUUCCACGAGUUCCACUCGCCCGCGCUGGAGGACGCCGACUUCGAGAACAAGCCCAUGAUCCUGCUGGUGGGCCAGUACAGCACCGGCAAGACCACCUUCAUCAGAUACCUACUGGAGCAGGAUUUCCCAGGCAUGAGGAUUGGCCCGGAGCCCACCACUGACUCCUUCAUCGCCGUGAUGUAUGGAGAGAAUGAGGGCAGCACCCCAGGGAAUGCUUUAGUCGUGGACCCCAAAAAGCCAUUUAGAAAGCUCAGUCGCUUUGGAAAUGCUUUCCUGAAUCGAUUCAUGUGCUCCCAGCUGCCAAAUCAGGUCCUGAAGAGCAUCAGCAUCAUCGACAGCCCCGGCAUCCUUUCUGGGGAAAAGCAGCGCAUCAGCCGAGGCUAUGACUUCUGCCAGGUCCUGCAGUGGUUUGCUGAGAGGGUGGACAGGAUCAUCCUUCUUUUCGACGCUCACAAGCUGGACAUCUCAGACGAAUUCUCAGAGGCCAUCAAGGCCUUCCGGGGGCAGGACGACAAGAUCCGUGUGGUGCUGAACAAGGCCGACCAAGUGGACACGCAGCAGCUGAUGCGGGUCUACGGGGCCCUCAUGUGGUCCCUGGGCAAGGUGAUCAACACGCCCGAGGUGCUGCGCGUCUACAUUGGCUCCUUCUGGGCGCAGCCCCUGCAGAACACGGACAACCGCCGGCUCUUCGAGGCUGAGGCCCAGGACCUCUUCAGAGACAUCCAGAGCCUUCCCCAGAAGGCAGCGGUGCGCAAACUCAAUGACCUCAUCAAGAGAGCGAGGCUGGCCAAGGUGCAUGCCUAUAUCAUCAGCUACCUGAAGAAGGAGAUGCCGAGUGUAUUUGGAAAGGAAAACAAGAAGAGAGAGCUUAUCAGCAGGCUACCAGAAAUCUACAUUCAGCUACAGCGAGAAUACCAGAUUUCUGCAGGGGACUUCCCCGAGGUCAAGGCUAUGCAGGAACAGCUCGAGAACUACGACUUCACCAAAUUCCACUCACUGAAGCCCAAGCUGAUCGAGGCGGUGGACAACAUGCUGAGCAACAAGAUCUCGUCCCUCAUGAACCUCAUCAGCCAGGAGGAGAUGAGCACGCCCACGCAGCUGGUGCAGGGCGGGGCCUUCGACGGCACCACUGAGGGCCCCUUCAACCAGGGCUACGGGGAGGGUGCCAAGGAGGGCGCCGACGAGGAAGAGUGGGUCGUGGCCAAAGACAAGCCCAUCUACGACGAGCUCUUCUACACUCUGUCGCCCAUCAAUGGCAAGAUCUCGGGUGUCAAUGCCAAGAAGGAGAUGGUGACCUCCAAGCUGCCCAACAGCGUCCUGGGGAAGAUCUGGAAGCUGGCUGACUGCGACUGCGACGGCAUGCUGGAUGAGGAGGAGUUCGCGCUGGCCAAGCACCUCAUCAAGAUCAAGCUCGAUGGCUACGAGCUGCCCAGCAGCCUGCCCCCCCACCUCGUGCCCCCUUCACACAGGAAGUCCCUGCCCAAGGCCGACUGAGGGGUAGGCUGCAGAACAGGCAGGAACUGGGGGACCUGGGCCUCAGGCCUGCUCCACCACUGACUCACCAAAUGAUCUUGGGCAAGGCUCUGCCCUCUCUGUGCCUCAGUUUUCCCAUCUAUAGAAUGGGGAGGGCAGACACUGGAAACUAGAUGAGUUAUUUCACCUCCAAAAUUCCCUUAGUUUCUGUGAAAAUAUUGGGGGUAGUGGGGGUGGAUUAGGAGAUUGAAGGGUUGAGAACAAACAGAAAUUUUCCAAGGAGUCCUGAGAACAACCUGCCCGGAGAAAUGCACGUGGAGAUGAGCCUGCUGAGUCCCUGGAGCCACCGGAAGUGAGCCCGGCUUGUUCAGAGCAGCUGGGUCCUCAUGAACAACUCUAGAGCAGCUGUCUGUCCUUCAGGGGGCACCGGGAGGCAGCAAAGAUUAUCUUAUUUAUUUUUUCUUGUCUUCUGCUAUAUUUAGAGUGGCAAAACAACAGAGCAGAAGGUUUCUGCUGUCUCCAGACUGUCUACCAAAGGGAAGGUGACAGAUGCCUCUUGGGUUUGAAAGGGGAUGCACUGUGGAUCCCCAUCCCUUCUGCAGUCUCCAGUACAGCAGCCAGCCAGGCCCCAGCGUGCAUCCAGCCCAGUGUCCCAGGACCACCUGUUCAGCCCUCCCAGCCUCCCCUCCAGGGGUCUUCCCAGCAAAAUCACAUUGGCCUAGGAAUUUGGAACUCACAACCUUUAUUUACCCCUGGCAAAACUUCUCAUUUGCAUGUCAAAACACGUUGAAGUCUGAAGAUUAGCUUUUCUUACUGGUUUGUCCAGUAAGUCAUAGCAAAGCCCAAUUAUCAUACUUAAAACUACAGUAAGGAAAAGAGGUGGUUCUCUGCAGUGAUCGUCUGGUGUGGCCCUCAACCAUUAAAUGUCCCCAAGUCCCCUUGGUGGGUAGUAGGAUUUAAAUUCAGCCAAAUCCUGUCCUGGUGUGUGCAGUGUCCUAGGCCCUGUGGACACAGGCAGAUGAAGGACCAGCCCUGCCCUGGGCUAUUGAGAAGAGAUCAGUCCACCCAGAGUUAGACAUUGUUUUUGUAGAAAACAGGCAUUUAUUAUAUCCAGGGUUUUUUCUCCUUACAGGAUAAAAGUCUUUAUACAAAAACAAAAUGGAAUCUUUCACAUAAAACCUUUUCUUUGAUGGCUCUGUGGUUCGUAUCAUGAAUGCUCAUCAUGAGGCAGGAUUCGGGCACUUACCUGUAGGUUGGCUCCAGAGCACGCUUUCCCCAAAUCCCCUAAGUAAACCUCUUGACCACUGCUCAGACACCUGCAUCAGUGGAGGUGAGUCCCCCUCUGUGGGGACCAGCUUGGGGAGGUAGGUGCCAUCCACCAUUAUUUAUGCGGUAAGAGACACAAAAUAGCAAUGGCCACAUGGUAUUGGGGCCCUAUUGGCCCCAGAAGUGAAUGAAAUCAACAGUCUCACUGAGCCUUCCAAAAGCCAUGUCAUUUUUUUUUCUGUCACCUGCCUUUGGUGACAGGGUCAAAGGCACAGAUUGAAGAGAAAAUCUUUGUUUGGUAGAAGCAUUUAUAUCCAGAUGCCCACCCCCACACUUUCUAGCUUACUUUCUACAUAAUUUAGUUUUAAGAGAAAAAAAUGCAUCGUGUGGUUUUCAGCUUAAAUUCAUUAGAAGCAUAGAAAAGAACCAUUAUAAUCCCAGUGCUGUUAUCUGAACACACGGUUCUGUGAAUGCAUGAGGACCAUUUAAAGUCUGCAAGCACAGUGGAGGUCACCAAAGGGUAAAAUGAGGAAGAGAACAGGGAAUUCAUCUGGCUAAAGGCUUAGAGAUGCCCAGGCAAGCUGACUUUUUCAUCCAGAAUUAUCUUGUUCUUUAACUCUGCUCAAUUCUCAUAUAUAAACAUGAAUUUAUAU